CAGUCUGGCUGGCCUCAUGUUACUGAGCGGAGCUUCUCCUGCCGGCUCCGGCCCGGGGCCGCGGGCGCAGGGGAGCGCGGGGGGCGGCCCGGCUGGAUCGCGCCGGGGCGCCGGAGGUGCGGGAACCGGCCCAGGAGGGGGCGGCAGCGGCGGAGUGGCCAAGUGGCUCCGGGAGCACCUGGGCUUCCGCGGGGGGGGCGGCGGCGGCGGAGGUGGGGGCAAGCCGGCGCCCCCGGAGCCGGACUACCGCCCCCCCGCACCUUCCCCGGCCGCGCCCCCCGCACCUCCCCCGGACAUCUUGGCCGCCUACCGACUGCAGAGGGAGCGCGACUUUGAAGACCCUUACUCCGGGGGGCCGUCCGGCUCCGCUGCUCUAGCCACCCCUGCCGUUCCCGGCCCCACGCCGCCCCCGCGCCACGGCUCGCCACCCCACCGCCUUAUUCGGGUCGAGACCCCUGGCCCCCCAGCGCCUCCUCCCGAGGAACGGAUCUCUGGACCACCCGCCAGCAGCGACAGGCUAGCAAUUCUAGAAGACUAUGCGGAUCCGUUUGAUGUUCAGGAGACUGGUGAAGGCCCAAUAGGAGCUUCAGGAGCCCCAGAGAAGGUCCCCGAGAAUGACGGUUACAUGGAGCCCUAUGAGGCCCAAAAGAUGAUGGCCGAGAUCCGGGGCUCCAAGGAAACAGCAGCUCAGCCCUUGCCUCUGUAUGACACGCCCUAUGAGCCAGAGGAGGAGGAGGGGGCCACCCCGGAAGGUGAGGGGGCCUCCUGGCCCCGGGAGUCCCGCCUGCCAGAGGAUGAUGAGAGGCCCCCUGAGGAGUAUGACCAGCCCUGGGAGUGGAAGAAGGAGCGGAUUUCCAAAGCCUUUGCAGUUGACAUUAAGGUCAUCAAAGACCUACCUUGGCCUCCACCGGUGGGACAGCUGGACAGCAGCCCCUCCCUUCCCGACGGGGACAGGGACAUCUCCGGUCCAGCCUCACCCCUCCCUGAGUCCAGCCUGGAGGAUGGCAGCGCCCAGUUUGAAGGAUCUGAGAAGAGCUGCCUGUCACCUGGCCGGGAGGAGAAGGGGCGGCUCCCUCCCCGACUCUCUACAGGGAACCCCAAGUCAGCCAAGUCCCUAAGCGUGGAGCCCAGCAGCCCCCUGGGGGAGUGGACAGACCCAGCACUGCCUCUGGAAAACCAGGUCUGGUACCACGGGGCCAUCAGUCGAACAGAUGCCGAGAACCUGCUCCGGCUGUGCAAAGAGGCCAGCUACCUGGUGCGCAACAGUGAGACCAGCAAGAACGACUUCUCCCUGUCCCUCAAGAGCAGUCAGGGCUUCAUGCACAUGAAGCUGUCCCGGACCAAGGAACACAAGUAUGUGCUGGGCCAGAACAGCCCGCCCUUCAGCAGCGUCCCUGAAAUCGUGCACCACUACGCCAGCCGCAAGCUGCCCAUUAAGGGGGCCGAGCACAUGUCCCUGCUCUACCCCGUGGCCAUCCGGACUCUGUAGGUGUGAGGCCUGGGCAUUGUGACAGAUCUGGACCCAGCCCUGUGCUCAUCCCCUGGCUGAGGGCUGUGGCCCUUCCUGGGCCACAUGAUCUCUCAAACCUUUCUUGGCCCUCUCCCUGGAAUCGAGUGGCAGCUGGAGAUUCCUUAAUUUAUUCUAAAGGGAAGGACUACUGGAGCCUUGGAAUAAGAGGUGGUCUGGAGCUGAGGAUAGAGGACUCCCUGGGGAGAAAGGAUAGCCCCUGGAGGAAGGGAUUUCAGAAUCGCUGAUCUCCUGAGGAGUUUAAGAUAGACAGCUCCAGCCUCUUUCUUCCCCUAGGGCAGAGGUGGCGACCUCCACCCUCUUUACCCAGGGGUGGAGGGGUGGAUUGGGAAUGGAGCUGGACGCGGACCUUCGGGGUGCUCUAACCACCUCUCCGCCUACACCCCCAAACCACCGGCGGGCUCCGCCGGAGUCUGGUGCGGGGCUUCGGGGAGACGGCAUUGGGGGUGGGGAAGGAGGGGAAGGGCUCGGCCGGAGGGAACUUGUACAGGCCCGGGGCCGCCCCGGCUCUGGGCCAGAGGCAAUAAAUAAACCCAGUCCUGCCAGGCACAGCCGCUUCCGCGCCUCCAGCGCCGCAGCUCCCUCCUGCCCCCUCCUCCAUCCCCCCCCGCCCCCCCCACGCCCCGGGCUGACGGGGGAGGGAGUUGAGCGAGCACAGAUUCUGUUUAUAAAUCAGCUCUGGAGCGGACACAGGCGGCUGUGAAAAGCACUUUCGAAGCAUCAAGUUCCUUCCUUUGACGAGAUGUCAAAACAUCCCCCCUCGCCCCCUCCCCGGCUUGGGGCACCAGAGCCGGCCUGCCGCGCGGCGCCCCCUCCCCGCCGCCCCGACGAGCGCGGCUCCCAGAGAGCGCAUCUAAUUUCCUGCCAACAGCCAUUUGUCUGGGAGGAGGGGAGCCACGGAGAGACAAAGAGGCAGCGCGCCAGGCGGGAGGGAGCGGGGCGCCCUUGCCACGCGGAAGCCGCACGCCGGCGGAGGCGGGAAAGCUGGCGGGCCGACUGCGUUUCCUUUCCAGAGGAAGCGGGGGCCUGCCGCGCCUCCCGCGGCCCCGGGCCGAUGGGUCCGACCCCGAGACCUGAAGCCGGCCAGCCCGGGCCCGGAUCUCCCUCGUGGCUGUGGCGCCUGGCGGGGCCGUCCGCGCGCGCCCCCUGAUGGCCGCGCCUCUACCGGAGAGGCCACACCGCCCGCGGCCCUGGCGGCCCCCCAGCCCGCGCCCGCAGCUGGAACCCGCCGAGGCCUGGGGCCCAGUCCCUGGGGAAUACCACCGGUCCGCCAGGCGGAGCUGCUUUCAAACCACUCCAGGCCCGCCCUCCCGCUCCCAUGAGCAAGCUGAACAGAAGCUCCCAAUGACCGAUGACCCACUGAACUAACACCCUCGGGACGGCUGCCCAGCCUGAGAGCCUCCUCCAGAACGGAUACCUGCAACUCCCAAGCGUGGUGUGAAGCACGGGAAUUUGGAUUUUCUAAUCCAGUGGCUAGUUUCUCGAAAUCGAGGAUAUGUGAUCUGACGAAUGCAAGAAUUCUGUGGGGACAGUGGAAAGGAUCACUUGAAAUUGAGUCCUGCUUCAAACAUUCCAUCAUAGAGGUUGCCCUAUGCUUAAGUAGACUUGGAGGGCAUUCAGUUAUUUUGCAGAUGAGAAAACAGAGGCCCAAAGAGGUUAGGUGAUGUGCUCAUCAGUCUCCUUGCUGUCAUCUCACUACACAGAAGACUCAUACAGGCACUCAUACAGGUGCUCCACCCUCCCAUGGCUCAGAGGACCAGGAGUAACUGAGGUCCUGGGGCAAGCCAGUGAGCUCUGGCUCCCUGUAGACUCCUGCUGUGUCUUGCUACACUGCUCCCUUCUUUGUGCCCAGCCCACCGUCACCAGAAGCCCUCACACCUCCCUCUGCCCCUCCUGACCAGGCCUCAGGAGCCCCACACUAGCCACCCUGAGAGGCCCUCUGUCAGGAAAGGUGCCCCUGAGCAGGGGAAGGGGUCUCUAGCUGGGGCGCUUGGCCUUGGAGGGGUUCCCUUAGUCAGUGGGUACAGGCAAGCUCAAAGAGAACGUGUGGACCAGCCUCGGUGAGCUGGCUGCGUGAGGACCCCACCCUGCAGCAGAAUAAAGAAACCCUAAGGCAGGAAAGUGGCUUAUUUAUAAAAGGCUAUUAGAGCAGGAAGAGGAGAGAAGAGCUGAGGAGCACUGAGGCCUGUUGGGGCAGGUUUUGACUACAGUACACGUUUAAAAAGUUGGCAGAAAAGAUCAACUGUGCUGUUAGAAUGGGGUGCUGAGGGGGUCCUGUAAAUUGCUCUCUGUGGGUCUACCCUGUACCCUCUCUAAGGCAUUUGCCAGCCCUUUUGACAGUGGGGAGCUCAGAGGAGGGGAGAUUUGGGGGAAGGGGUUUUAGGAUGCCAGCAUCUGUGCUCCCACUUCAUCCUUAGGCUCACAGUCCCCUAAACACACACACACACACACACACAAACACCAUUUUUCUGCUCCAGUUUUUUGAUUUUUUUUCUUAUUUUGGAAGAAGAGGUGUCACUUUGCCCCAAAGCAAUACUAGCUCCCCAACUUCCCAACCUCUAGUCCCCACACAGUGCCUUGCAUUUCUCCAGGCUGAGAGCUUCCGGGCCUGGGAGUCCCUGAACCCGCAUGAGGUGACUAACCAUGGCCACCUGGACCAAGGUUGGGAGGUGCGAAUGGGGAGACGGCUGAGGGAGCCAGAAACAGGAAAGCUAGAGGUGAGGUAUGGGGCCAAACCUCUGCUCAGCUGGGCAGUGGGCAGAGGCCCUGGGCAGGAGGCCUAGAAGUUCUCAUGAUGGUAGGAGAAAUGAAUCCCGUCCUGCCUGUUGAUGAGCUGACAGGCCUUUUCCACAUUCUUGGUCAUGCCAUGGGGGUCACAGCUAAACACCCCGAUCUUCUGGACCUGUUGGAGGAAGAAGUGAAGGCUAGCUCAGUGUUCAGAGGGAGGGCUAGCUCCAUGUUCAUGUUAAAGACCAGCAAGAGUCCUUGGUGAGGACCAUUCCGUGUUCCUGAUGAAGGUUUGCUUUGUACCAUGCGUGGUGAGGGCUGCCUCAAUGUUUAUAAAACUAACUCAAUUUUGGUAGACUUGCUCUCUGUGCGUCCAGCCUUUACCGUUUUCCAACGCAUUUGCUAGCUUCAGGUGCAAGAUCAGUGUUUCCAAUAGGGGCCAGGUUAAUCAAUGUCCAAGUUGAGGACAGUUUAGUGUCUCAUUGAGGGCCAGCCCAGUUUUUAUGAGAGUGUGGCUAGCAUAGUGUUCGUGGUGAAGGUUAGCUUGGUGUCCAGGGUGAGGGCUGGACAGCAUUAGUGGUAAGGAUAAUUCUGAGUCUGUGGUGAGGACCAGCCCAACCACCAAGCCUUUCCUUCUGGACAAGACAUCACGGCUUCAGAGGUGGCAAGUCCCUGCUGCCUGAUUCCUCCCUUUGCCCCUCAGGGUGACCCAUACCUCUCCCCUUCCAUUCCAUUACCCCACCAAUAUCCCUGGGGGUGGAUUCUCCUUCCCCUAUGGAGCAGGUUUGGGAGCUUUGCUCAGACCCCAAACAAAGGUGAAGAAAACCUGAAUAUGGGGUGGGACUGACCUUUGGGUGGACCUCCUGCAGAGAGUCGAAGAAGGGUUCGAAGGGGGGUCAAAGUGGGUGAUGGAGCGCAAGCCCGUUAACAGACUCCGGUUCAGCACCUUCUGGAAGUGCCGCUCACAGAUGUACUGGGGGAGGGAGUAGAGGAGGAAGGUCACAGCCAGGCAGAGCCAGGGUCAGCUCCUAGUCCAAAUGGUGGUCCACCCACCUGCCUUGGCCAUCCUUACCCUCAACCCACAUCACUGAGCUGCUCUGCCUGGCCGGCCCUGAUGUACCAGCAUGGUGGUCCUGAGGUCAAACUUCUCAGCCAGCUGGGUGGUGUAGAUGUGCACGGACACCAGGUCCUGGUGGUCAUUCUCCUCCACCCCCCAGAUGAUGUCAGCCAGCCACUCAAACUGCCGCUGGGUCCGUGUCACCCAGAUGAAGUAGAUCUGGGGACAGGGCUAGAGCUUGGGACCCAGCUCAUCUCAGGCUCCCUACACCCCAGGAAUCAUCACACCAAUAGAAGCCUUCUGGUCUCUAGCAGCUUGUGCCUCUCCCCAGAUAGCCUGGGGAGGUGGAAAUGUAUGGGGCCACAGGGCCAUGCUCUGAGGCAGAAGAUGGUGUUGCCCCAGGGCACAGAGCAGUGGAAGUGAGCAAUAGCCUGGGGCCAUGAGAAAGGAGUGUGUCAAGUGAGCUGAAGGUCUGCUGGGGUGGGAAGCAGCUUUCUCUUGCCGAGCCUGACCUUCCACUCCCUCCAGUGGGCCCUUCUCAGGCUGCUAGGCUCCCAACCUACAGGCUGCCCAGAGGCAGAGGGUCCCGCUAAGGGGUAUGUCACAGAACAGCCUCUGGAAAGACCCAGCUGGCUGCCUGGAGUGGAUGGGCAUGGGCUCAAAGAGAGACCAGGGGAAUGGAAGCUGCCCCGGGGGGUACCCACCUCCAGCUUCUGAUGGGGAGAAACGGGGCUGUGUGAGUUAAGAGGCAGAGACAGAGCUGGUACGGACAGAGGGGCAGGGGAGCUGUCACCCUCUGAGUGCUGACAGCAUACAGGCUGGGCCUCUGCCUGCUGCAUUCCUGUGGCCCUGACUCACCUGCCAGGCCCAGAGAGACAAGCAGGGGCCUGCCACCAGGGCCAGGGUGAGGCGAAGGGGCCUGGUGUGGAGGGGCCUCAGGGCCUGGGCUGUGCUCCUAGAGCCAUCCAGGCCCGCCAGCCCUGCCUUGCUGCCUCCCCUCCUCUUCCUCUUGAGAGCAGAGCCAGUUUCACUUGUGCCCCACCCCAAGUAUGCCCUUCCCUCUCCCGACCGGACCGGACAGUGCUUCAAGUGCUGGCUUCCUCUCCAACGCUGCCUGGAGGGACUCUCAGAAGCACAUCCUACGUGGGGCACCCCCUAACUGAGGGAAGAGCCUGGAAGGCAUCAGCAAAACAACUCUGUCCCUUAGGGUCCAGGAAUACCCCAAGUCCCUUGGGGUCAGGCCAACUCAGCCUUUCCCAGACCAGGGAGGCCAAGGACAGAGGCAGGAGACAGGUUCAGAUGGACACGGUGAUAGGGAGCAGGGGGCCAGGGGCUGGUGGGAGGAGGGGACACUCACCUUCCUACAGAACACUUGGCAGCUGACCGAUGACUUGGUCUUUGAGGAUGGAGGCAAAGGGGGUGACCCCAAUGCCCCCUCCCACCAGCACGGACACCUCAAACUUACGCCACUCCUGGUGGCCCUCUCCAAAUGGUCCAUCGAGGCACAGCUGCAGGGAGGGGAGUGUGUUUGAGUUAAGUUCGGCUACCACCAUAGUUCUGAAGCCAGAAAUGGGAGGCAGGGAAAUGCAGGUAGGUGUAUGGAGUGGGGAGUAGUGGGGGGCUUGUAGCAUCAUCUGGAAGAAUCGGUCUCUGGAUAGGGGAAGGGAGGAACGCAGUGGGGAGUCUGGGGCAGCAGGACCGAGGCCUGCUAAGGGACUGUGGGAGCAUGUGGUGCAUCCGGCCUGGGUCUGGGCACCUUUGGAUGUUUGGCACAGCUGUCACCCGUCGGGGGUGAGUAGAUCUCCCUGAGGCGGGUGGUCCAGGGCCCUGCUGCCCGGAUGUGCAGGCUAAGCGUGUCCUCGUGGGGCGCAGAAGUCAGGGUGAAAGGGUGGCACUCUGUGGUCCCCAGAGCCAGGCAGGCGAUCUGCACCCACUGUCCUGACUUGUACUCAAAGCCUUGGGGCCGCUGGAACUCGAGGCGGGUCACUCCUGAGGAGGGAAGGUGGGUGGGAGGUGGCUGUCUUGAACCCAGCAACAAUGUGACCCCUAGAGAGUUCCCCAACCUGCAGCCUCAGCUCUGCUUUUGGAAUAUGACAGAGGAGGCCUCCCGCGAUCAGAGAUCAUUACUCCCCUCAGGCCACGUCUACCCUGAGGGGGUGCUGGGCAGCACUGGGGUUGGUGGUCAGCCUGGCCUGGGCUCCUCCUCUCUCUGUUGUGAGAGAGGCUCAGGUCCCCUGGCAAAGAGCCUCUCUUACCAGCUCCCUCAUCCCUACCACCUCAAGGACCCUGCUAACUCCACUGGGCCAGGCCAGGAGAUUUCAAGGUCCAGGCUCUGCCCCUGGCCUGUCAGCUUCCUCAGUACCACCAGCCUGCUCCCCUGACAGCCUCUAUGUUGGCACCUGAAGGCAGCAGCUCUGCCCUCACCACACUGAUCUCCACCUUCUUUCCGGCUCAGGCUCACCAGCUUGUCCCCCAUGUAGGUAAGUACUGGGACCAGGUAGAAGAUGUGGAAACGGGGCAGCUGGAUCAGAGGGAAGCUGCCAUGGAUGAUGAGCUGGAUAGAGCAAAGAGUAUAGCUGAGAUCCAAGCCACACUCACAACAGGGUCUGACCCCUGCAUCCCUUCCCAAUUGGCCCAUCCAAUUCUCACCUCACCAGGUGCCAUGUUCCUUCCAGGCUCCAAAACUUAACCUCUCCCAACCCAUCCUCCAAAGCAUUUAUGUUAAUGAGACUAUUUGCAUCUUCCUGACACCAUCCUAGACCAAGCCACCUGCAUUCAUGCGGUAGCCUCCUACUUGGUCUUCCACUGGGUUGCCCCACUGUGAUCCAUUCUCUCCAAGACAGCCAGUGUGACAUUUUAAAGUUUGUUUUAUCACGUCAUUCCCAGCUCAAAAGGCCUUAGAUGAUUUCCCAUUGCACCACAAGGCCUUGCAAUGUUCUGGCCUCUACCUGCCAGCAUUUCCCCCUCCCUGUUCUUCAAACACGGCAAGUCCUUUCUGCUUCAGGACUUUGCACCUGCUGCUCCCUCUGCUGGGAACGCCUUUCCCCUACUUCUUCCCAUCCAUCUCACUUUUCAGGUCUCAGCAGAAAUGCCACCUCCUCAGGCCUUCACCCAGCCCUCUCUAUCCCUUCUCCCUGUUAACUCCCUUCAGAGCAUUGUCGUCAUCCACGAUACUUGUGUUCCUUCAUCCAUGGACAUGUUUACUGUUGUUCUCCCCACUGGACUAGAGGAGUAGGGACUGUGUCCAUUUCAUUUGCCAUGACACUCUCAGCUCCAAUCAGUUUCUGCCUGGCACAUGGUAGGUGCUCAGUAAUUACUGAGUUAAUGGAAGGAGUUUCCCCAAUUUACCCUGUCCCUUUGGAGACUAAGAACACCUAACCAGUCCUCCUUUUCCAUGAAAUAACUGACAGGUAUUGUCCAGCUCCGGUCCUUUCCCCAACAAGCUGGUCUAAUGUGGUCAGACACGACUUGCCCCCUUCUUCCCACUUGCUUGGUCCUGAGUAUGGUCAGCCUGGCUCCCGCCUCCACGUCUUCUCAGGACCUGCUCACAGAGGGCUCACAAGUGACCAAACCCCGAGGUCUCCCUUCAGACUGCAUUCGCUCCCAUGCUUGGCAGCCUGUGGCCCUAGUGACCACCCCCGCCUUGCCACUUCUGCAACAGUGCUCUACUGGUUCUCCCUCUUUCCCUCUCUGGCUGUUUACUUUCUAUCUCCUGCACUGGCUCUGCUCCUUCUCCCACCCCCAAUCCUGUGUGUUGCCCAAGCCUGAUUUCCUCACCCUCUGCUCUUCUCUUUCUAUGAUCUCCCACCUGGCGCAGCCUCUCAGCUGAGCCGCAGCCCUUCAGCUGCAGCUGCAGCCUGCACAGGUCCACCAUGUCCUGCCACCACCUACUGCCCUGUUGGCCACUCAUAGCCAGGCCCAUCUCCUCUGUGCCCCGAAUAUUCCACCAUCAUUCCCACCUCUGCACCACUGUUCGUGCCUUUCUCCUUCUUCUUCUUUUUUUUUUUUUUGGCCCAACCAGGGAUUGAACCUCGACCCUCGGCAGUGAAAGCACAGAGUCCUAACCACUGGACCUCCAGGGAAGUCCCUCAUGCCCUUCCUUCCACCUGGAAUGCUCUUCAGUUUCCACUCUGCCCUGUCAAACCUUAGCUUAUCUCUCCUUAAGCUUAGCACAAGUUCCACCUUCUCCCCAAAGUCUUCUCUAACCAGUUUGGCCCAAACGAAACUCCCUUCAAUGAGCUCUUCUAACUGACUGACUGGAACACUCAGCUCAGCAAUUAAUCCUGUAUUAUCUGUUCAUUUUGAUCAUUUCACAUGCAUGGCACUUAUCUCUGCAGCAAAUCCUCAGUUCCUGAGAGUCUCCCCCUCCUCUGCUGGGCCUAGCACAGAGCAAGUAUAUACUAGACCCUCAACACAUAACAGUUAAAGUGAACUCUGGUUCCUCAUUCAGCUCUCCAUUCCUCCAGCUGAGUGUUACCCUAUUCUUGAAACUUUCUCCACAGAGCUAACUCAAACCUCCUUGGGCUCUUCUCUCAAUUGGCUCCAGUUUUCCCAAGUUCCUCUUUCAUUAAGGAGCCCACGCCCACCCCCAAGGCUUUCUGAGAAUCCAACCAGGCUGAGAACAAUGUCAAGGUGACUUCAUACUCCUUUGUUUAUACAUCUUGCUUGGUGUUGGCUCUACCUUUAAACCACAAAGCUGCUUCAGGGUCAUGGUUGACUGAGGAGCCUGGGGAACAGCCUGCCAGCUCAGUUUCUGCUGUGCUAACUCCACCCUCUACAGCCUGGAUCAGGAGCCUGGACACCCUUCCCCAGGGUCUGCUCCACACUGGGGUCGUUUACUUGUAACUUCUCUUUCUGCCAGAGGUCAAGUGGCCAUACCUGAGAUAAACAGGAAGGCAGCAGGUGCUUUGGCUCUGAUCUCCCCCCAGAUGAGAUGCUCCCAAGCUGCAGGGGCUAGGACUUCCCAGCAGAGUGGCCUGCACCUUUCUGAGCUGCUAACUUCCCUUCUGGAUCCCCCAGUGAUCCCCACAACCGGGGAUAAAUCAGAAACCGGUCUUGGUCUCAGGGUACCAGGCUGGCCACUCUUCUGGGUCUCCCAUCUAGUUCAAAAAAGCUGCUUUAUCACCAGAAACAAGACCAUCAUUUCCACCCCUAACAGAAACAGUAACCCAGAUGCUAGGGCUGUACCCAUUAUCAGGAACGUUGGGAGGGAGGCAUAAAUUAGCCACAAUUUCCAGAGAAACUAACGUCAUCGGUUCUAGGAAACAUCCUAAGCCCAGGCUGGAUAGUCAUCUUCAGAACCAUGAAGUGCUGAGCAGGUUGGAAGCAGACCCUCCUACCUACCAGUGAAGACAGACUGCACCCCAGCACCAGCCUGACCCAGGCAAUGAUGACCUUUCUCCCUUGUCUCAGGACAAAGGAGACCCCUGUGUGCAGUUCUGCCUGGAGCCAGGUGAUAGGGCAGCCAUCUGGGCUCUGCACUUCUUGAAUGCUGGCAGCCAAGCUAUCAUCAAUGGGGACAUCAGAGCAUUGGGACUUGGUUUAACUCCUCAGCAAGGCCCUCAGGGUGCCCUUCGGGGAAAUGCCUGUGUCUGUGAGAAAGGCAGGCCAAGUAGAGCCAUGACAUAGGGGCACAGAUCAGAGUCAUCUCUGGAAAUAGCCAGCUGAAGCAGCUGAGGACAAAGCCAGGGAAAGGUGAAAAGGGAACAGGAGAGAAGAAGGGAGGGAAUGUGAAGGAAGGGAGGCAGGGGCCCAGGUUAAGAAGGAAAGGGGAGAGGUGGAGUCUUAAAAAUCCAUUUUAUCAACAGUCCAAUGAAGACAUUUUGAGCAAGUUCAUUAACUUUACAGGUGGCAUUUAGCUAGCUGGAUGGAUGUAGCUAACACCCCAGAAAACAGGAUCAGAACAAAAGUGGCAGAACCUAUUUAAGGUAAGUUUCUCUUUAAGAAGGUGACGCUCCCUUGAAUGCAGACAGUCCACCCAAGAACCCAAACCACCACCCAAAGGUAGGGAAAGACUGACUGGGCAGAAAUGAUGUGGGGUGUCUGGAAGGAAUGCAGAUCAGCCAGGUAAGGCUGCUACUACAAACCCCAUGCCAGGGAGUCAGUCUUCCAAGUGCCGCAUAUUGGGUCAGCCUACCUGAGAGCCCCAUACUAUAUAAGCUCCACCUUUUGAGAGAGAUACGGAGAAGUGAAGAGGAUACUUGAAAUAACUAAGGGGAUGGAGAACUGAUGUCUCAGGCAUCACUGCCUCCCUGGGAACAUCUGCCCAGACUCCGCUGGCCUGGUUCACAGCAAAAAGCCCUCACCAGCACGUAGAGCAGGAUGUAGAGGUGGUGGGUCAGCCAGAAGCCCCGGAAGCUGCGGCGCUGGAAGUGGUGGGAGGCGAAGACGUACAUGACGGCGAGAACCAGGAGCAGCAUGACCCCCGUGAGACCUGCAAAUGAACAUGGGGUGAAGGGCAGAGGCGCAGGGCCUCACAGAGGGGGCUGUUCUGAGGCUGCCAGGGUCCCCUCUCCACUCCACAGCUCCAGGCAGGGGGCGGAAAGCCCAGCAUCCUUCCCUCUUCCUCUCUCCGACACCACUGAUCACAGGUACCUUUCAUCUCAACAGAUCCUACUUGUCCUUCGCGGACCUUGUCAUGAUGGUUAUUUUUCAAGCACCUGUGUCAUUACUUGUUUUACGUCUGUCACUUUCUUGACUCUCAGGUCCACAGGAACCGGGACCAGGCUAGGCUAGUUCACCACUGCACCUGAGUGCCUAGUGCAGGGCCUGGCACACCAUGGGCCUUAUGGACAUGUGUGCUGAAUGAAUGAAUGUACAGGGCAGCUGCUCUGAGCCCUCUGUGGAACUCUGGACAUCGUAGGCCCUGCCAUCAGGGAGUCGAGGCUUGGCCAGCAUUCCAGCUGCACUGUACCUGGCAGCCACAGCACCAAGCAUGAGCACUGGCACUGUUAGUGAGCGAGUGGGACCACACUGUCGCUGCUCAUCACCAGAGCCCCCAUGGAUCUGGCCCAGACCUGGUGGGAGAUCCCUCCUCUCAAAGGGGAUCCCAGGCUAGGGGUGCACAGGAGGGCAAUACUGGAGCCAUUCCAGAUAACGGCCCCUCAAGUGAUCAAGGAGAGAGGCAGAAGUGAAGAAGAUUAGAGCCCUGUAGUGUGGAAAAGCAGAGGUUAAGAAGGGAUCUAGCCAAAGCCUGUAAAGUCCUGAAUGGAGAGAAGGGCAUAAACGCGGCCUGAUCCAGUAAACCCCAGUGUGCAGGAGUUAGCAAGCAUUCCCUGAAGUUCAAAGCCGAUCGUUUCAGGAUUUAAAGAAAAAUGAAAAACAACACGCUGUGUUUCACAGAAAGGAGUGCAGAAAACAUCUUACCCCAAGGAGGGAACAGAGUGAAAAUAUAAAUAGCUUCAAGAAGCAUUUGAAUAGAUUCACAGCUAAUAGCUCUAAAAUGGGUGAUUAUGGGGAGUUAGGAAUAUGCCCCUAAACAGCUCUUGUCAAGACAGACUACAGAAUGGAGGGGGAGAAGGGGAGGGGGCAUCCACCAGGCUCCACAAAGAGCCUGGUCCCUCCCGCAUGCAGCUGGGGCAUAGCAUUCCUCAAAGUCACUGUCAUGGUAGGUGUGUGUGUCGGGGCUGGAGGGGUGCACUCCCAUUCCUCAGAGGGAGGGACUAGCUCAGAACCAGGGCAGAAGCCCAGCUAAGCUCCUGAGAGAAGGCCUGGAAUGCAGAGUCUCCUACUGCCCAGGAGAGCGCUCGGGGCAAGGGCAGAGCCUGGCUCACCGUGAAGGCUGUGAGGGCUGAGUGAGAGCGACUGGGCUGCCCGUGGCAGACAGAACCCAGAGCCUGGAACUCAGAGGCAGGCCCAGAAAUUCACAGAGCAGAGAGGGCUCUCACCUGGCAUGGUCUGGAAGAACCACCAGUAACACUUCUGGGGGAACUCAGACCUGAGGGUUAGGGAAAGCAAGGACGGAUCCUGUGAGGAGAUGUCUGGGACCUCCAGAAAGGAUCCUCCAGAGGAAGCACCCCACACCAGUCACCAGUCUCCCUUUCUGUGACUUGGGAUUGGGGACUCAGGCUGGUCAUUGUCCUGUAACUUGGAGGGUGACACACUCCUCUGAACCAAGAGAAUUUCUGCAAAGGAUUCCACCCCCUUCACCCCCGAGCCAGGCCACACACAUGCACACACACACACAUAUACACACUCACUCACCCGUUGUCAUGGAAGAGGCCAGGUAAGAGGCAGGAAAGGAUGCUGAGUGGGCUGAUGGAGAAGAGGUAGACAUUCACCACACGGCCUGCACUGUGUUAAGGCUAAGGAAGACCAGACAGGGUGGGGUUGAGCCUGGGACCAGCCCACUGGGGGGUGCUCAACCCAUUCAGCCCAAGCUCUAGGACUCCAGCCAGCCAGAGUUGGGGGACUGAAAAAGGACCCUAGGGAUCUGGACUUCUAUUCUUUAAUAAACCUCCUGUUCCUCCCCUGCCCCAUAUACACACCAUCCAUGAAAAUAGCCACAUGCGUCUGAAAUUAUACCAUUAGAAGUUCAUUCCUUUGGUUUCUCUCAUAGAAUUACGUGUUUUUGUUUGUUUGGCUCACCAAGAGGCUUGUGGGAUCUUAGUUCCCCGACUAGGGAUAGAACCCGGGGCCCUGGCAGUGAGAGCAUCCAGUCCUAACCACUGGACCACCAGGGAAGUCCAAAGUUAAAGAUUUGCUACCUUUGGCAUAGCUGGUGAUUCCUAUCUACCUACUGAUUUUAUAAAAGGUUACAAGUCUCAUGUACAUAUCACUUCUUUAUAGCCUUUCAAUUUUCUACUUUCCAACAAUGUUAUAAAAUAGUAAGGGCAAACACAAUAAAAUAGGCACCAACUUGUAGAAACAAUGCUGUGCCAAGAUGUUAAGGCAGCCAAAACUGGUCUGUUGGCUGGCAGGCAAUGCCAUUUGUCCAGCGGGUAGCUCAGGGUAUGACAGCUGACUCCUCAAAAGCAGCUCGAAUACUGGUGCAUGAAAGUAUAGCUUGUUCCUGAGUCAAGGACCUUCUAAACCCAUUUAGGGAGUUGUUGGGAAGAGUAAAUGAGAUGAACCCUAUUAAGUGCCUGGCAUGCAACAAAUGCUCAAUAAACAUUCGCUGGAUCUGCACAGUCACAGAGUCUAAAGCCUAAUCCUGCUGGUCUGGUAACCUCCAUCCUGGUGUGUGAUACUGGGAAAAGCGACCUGUGUGAGCCCUGCCCCUCUCACCAGGUGCUUGUCUCUGAUGCAUGUGUUUCGCCGCCCAUCUUCCAUGUCUCAAGCCAGUGUGCCCUGGACCUCCCACCCUGCCCUCUGGGUCCUGACCCCUCCUCACAGUGCCAUCACUCCGGAAGAGUGCAGGGUUGACGUCCUGCCAUCUGGUAACUGGAGGCAGGCCCAGUGUUGCCCUGGCCUUUGUGUAAGAGGGCAGGCCCAGAUCCCGGCCUGGCUGCAGGCAACUGGCCAGGUGGUCUGUGCGGAAAAACUUCAGUGGCCCAGGCAAGAAAUCGGGAUGAGAUACCAAGUCUGAGGGAGCUCCUCUGGCCCAUGCCCCAGGCUCCAAUCAGCCCCAGAGGGACCUGAGCCAUACAGAGGGAGCCAUGGUCAGCAGGUCAGAAGCUCUCUUAGCAGCGAGAGAGUACAGGCUCCCAGCCCUGGGCACCCCUCCCUGCCCAACUCUGGAGCUCCAGCUGAACUUCUUCCCAGGGGCCAGGCAUACACAGCCUGCAGGGACAGCCUCAGCCUCACCUCAUGCAUCCUCAACCACCACAUGGUCCUCUCACUCAGCGAUCUGGGAGGCCAUGCCCAGCAGCGGGUCCACAUCUUCAGCUCUUUGUAGGUUUGGGUGCUUUGGGGGUGGGGAGAAGAGAGAGGCAUGGCUAAUGAGGCCAGCGGUUGGGCAGCCAGGCUCCCUCAACCCCACAGUUCAUGUCCUGGGCCCACCCAGUCCUGCUAUUUGCUCCCAAACUGCGGGGCCAUUGCUUCUCUACAGGUUGAUUCCCCACUCAGGGUGCGCAAUGUCCCCAUCCAAAGCUCAUGCUGCUAGGACACAGGUCUCCACAAGCACAAGGAACCGAAAACUUUGCUUCUAUUUCAGGAAACUCGACGGUAUGGUUGACAAAGGCACUAGAUCUAGGUCUUGGUCCUUGCUCGGUUAGUAACCAGCUGUGUGACAGGACCUCUCUGAACUCAGUGUCCUGCCCUUAAUAAAAAGGGCCUUAGGGAUUAAUAAAUAAAAUAAUAAACAGGUAUUAGCAGGACACUGAGGUCUCUUUCAGCUCAGCUCCAUGACUCUGAUUCUAUGCUUGCCUCUUCCCUCUUUCCUCCCACCGCCUUCCCCCUUUAUGAACACUCUACACAAAGUAUCUGAUUUUGCUUUAAAUUAAUGGUCAAUGGUCUUUACCCAUACUGGCCUGGACAGAUGAUGCCUGGUAAUCUCUCAGAAUUCCUUUCUCCACCUUGCCCUCCCCACAUGUUCACAUUCACACACUGCCCUGGUGUGUCUAACUGGGAAAUUUCCUUGGGGGCUGGGAUGGCUGGGGUACUCCAUUGCCUACAGGGGACCUGGAGUUGUCAAGGGAGAAGGAAAACCUGGAAGGAAGUGAUAGAUGUAGAGCCACAUCUGCACAGGCCCCUGCUGUGCCUCACACAGCCCUGAGGUGGGCAUGGAGGACUGACGUUUGACGGUGUAUAGCUACCUGGUCAUCUCAGACAGUUGGUAGGGGAGAUGGCUGGGGUGCCCCAGGCUGCUUCCUCUACCCCAGCCCAUCCCAGCUGGCUGCCUCAGUCCUACUGCCCCCCUUCACCACACACCCUCAGACACACACACACACACACCACAACACACACACACCCACAUAUGUGCCCCCAGCCCUGACCUCUCGGCUCCAGUAGCUAUCGCAGACCCGGAGAGCUCUGGAGACACUUGAGUUCCUAUUGAUGACCCCUGGAAGUGGCAGCUGGCAUUUCUGAAAUGCAAGGAGAUUAGUGGUGACCGAGGCUAUGAAGCCCCAAUGUCAGGCAUCAGCUCUAGUCUCCAAGGCUAGAGCCAAGGGUCCAGGCUAUUGCUUCCUUGAGGUGGUGUGUGGUCAGGGUAGGUCCUGAACAACCUGAAUUUUUGGAAGCAAUAAAAAAUAAAAAUAAAGAAAACAUCAGACCAAACGUCUAAAAGUGUAUCCCUUAUUUGACCAUGUUUCAUUCUCUCUCUCUUCUUCUCUCUCUCAAUAGAGAAAGAGACAGAGACAGAUAAACUGUCAACUGAAAGAAAAAAUGCACAACAUAGGAGUUGUGAGUUUCAAUUUUACUCAGGAAACUUACUGAGGACUAUAGGCCAGGAAACAGCCUCUUAGUAGCUCUGAGGGGACUGCUCCAAAGAGGGAGGGGGAGAACCCAGUAUAUAUAGGAUUUGGGCUAGGGAAUGGGUGCAGUCAAACAUACAUUUCUAAAAGGUUACUGCUAGUCACAAGGAUCAGAUACCUCAGUAAAUGGUUUUUGUGUUUUUCUGUGUAUGGGAAGGUGCAACAAUCUGGGUCCAUUAAAAUUUUUUCCUGAGAUACCUCUAACUAUCUAAGGGGUUUGUUUUCCCAAAGCACUGAGUGUCUUAUCCUGUUUUUUGUCCCGAAUUCCUUUUCAGGGUGUACUGUUAGAAGGCGACUGCAGCGGCUAAUGACCUGAUCCUUGUAGAGCUGGAUGGUGGGCAACAUUCUUUAUAU